GCUUUUUGUUUUUCUCCAACAGAAAAUUAUCCUUAUGGGAUGGUGAAAACCAGGGAAUCUGUUGAGAACUAACAGAUAAAUCGAGUCCUCAUUCAAAGCAUGGUGGAUGCGAGUACAACCUGCAGAAUGAACCCUCUCAGUGCACUUGGCAUCGAUCGGGCCAGCCUGAUGCGGGAGAGCCUCCAUGUUCAUGGCGGGAUGAUUUAUCCACCAGGAAUUCGGACCCUGCCAACCGAAAAGGGCUAUGUUGGUGACAGGAUCCCUGACUUGCUCUACAAACCAGAUGUGUCUCUCGACAGCAGAAAAAACGCAAACAGUUACGUUGGACUUUAUAAAAGUUCCCCUCCUGGGAUUCAAAAGCCACUGAUUUUGCCUGGGACUGGUGCAGAUGCUUUAGGGUUGGACAGACGGGUCAUACCAGCAGAUAAGCCCCCAGAAUUGAGUCUCAAUGGUGGUAGCAGCUAUCUGCGGGUUCCCUGGAUGAAUCCCUACCAUGAAGUUGGAAUGUACUCCUUCUUAGACUCCAGUAAAUACACUACUUUGAACAUGUAUAAAGCAUCAAUCCUGUCACAACCGCCACCUUACCUUCCCCAGCAUCUGGCCUACCAGUCUUUAUGUGCAGGAGGCAGUGCAGCUGGUACGGAGCGCUUGUUUUACAUGCCCCCCUAUCCCCCUGCACCUAUAUCUUCACCCCUUGCUCCUCCUCUCAGGAUCCCCACUGCGACUGUUGCCCCUUCUGCAUUGUCACCUAUGAUGCACCACCAGGACAAAACGAUACAGAGUAUUGGUCCAAGGAUUCACCAUGAGCCCUCAGCAUUUGGUCAGCAGACCAUACAUCAGCAGACCCAGCCCCACCACCAGUCACCCAGUGAUAGGCAGCACAGCAGCAGUGGAAACAGUGCCAACAACAGCAAGUCCAUUCGGACCCCAUCCAGCAAAAACACAAGCAGCACUAGCAGCAAUGUUAGCAACAGUAUCAGUGUUGGUGUGAGCAGCAGCUCCAGUUCCAUAGUCACAGUAGACUCAUGUACUUCACUUGUAAUGCAGCCACCCCGCCAUACACAACGUCCCUCUCAGCCGCCUGCAGCACCACCACCCCCUCCCCCAUCUCAAAAGCCUCUGUACAGAAGUCCUUGCUCAUCCUCGUCAUCUUCACCAUCGGUUGCUCACCCUGUAUACAUUAGCAGCAUGUCCAAAGAGCUUCGCUCUCCAAUUCGGCCUACUAGCCAGAAGUCCAAAGCCAAAGAGGCAACCAUUGAGUCCAACAGAGGUAUGGGGAAUGAAAGAAAGAGCAGCAGCUCACCUGUUAAGACCUCUUCUGAGAAACCACCUCAACAGGGGCCUAUUACCAAAGACCCAGCAGACAAGCCUUUAGACUUGUCUGCCAAAAUCAUGGACUUUGAAGGACCUACCAAUGGAUACCCCCCAAAAUUAGAGGCCUUAGCCAAGCUUGGCUAUUCCCCUACUGCCCGUUAUGGACUUUCCCAAAACAGGGAACUUUUAAAAGAAACUCUUUCUCCAUCAUCCUCUACAUUAAGCACUUCUUCUAAAACUCCAGAAAGGCCUGAGAUAAUAAGCACUUUAACAUCUUCCUGGGUGGUGCCAAGUCCUACCCAGACAAUCAGCUCUGAGGCAAGUCAAAACAAAGGCUCCAGCAUCAUCAAGAAUAAGAAUCUUGAACAUGUGGUGCCACAGUCAAGAAGUUCCUCGUGUCCCAGAAUUGACAACCAAAACAAUGGCUCAAUCCCAAGUUCUGCCCCUACUGUCUUGACAACAGCAUCUCGGCCAUCAUCUGUCUCACCUUCUCCCAAGAAUAACGGAGAAUGGCCAAAGUCAGUUCCCACCCCAACAGAAAAGACCCCAACAGCUACAAAGCCCUCAAAGACACUCAAAAAACCUGAAACCCCUGAAAUUGGCUUUAAGCCUCAGCAAUCACAUUUGGAAAAUGGGCAUGCUCCAAGCCAUCUCUACAUGCCUCAGGGUGAAACUUAUCUUCCUCCCAGCUUAGCAUAUUCUAACAGAUAUCUCUCAUACCCAGUACCCGAGAGUCUUUCCCUUUCCCACUUGCAGUUGUCAGGAAAAGGGCCAGUGUACCCUCAUCCUGUUCUGCUUAGCACUAACAGUCUGUAUUCAGCACGUUUACCACCUAAACCCAGCAUCCCAUAUGGAAUCCCACCCAGUCAUGGAGAAUAUCUGACCUACCAUGACUCACAGGAGAUGGUCCAUCCACUAAUGUCUCCCCACCUGCCCCUGGACCACAAAGUCACUGAGCGUCUGGAACUGAGGCACAGACCCCUGGACAAGCCUUGGCAUCACAAUGAGGCUCUGUACAAGCGCCAAAGCAUCACUGACACAGACCCAAGCUACAAAUCUGAGAGGGAGUCAGAGAGGCAAGAAGUUUUUGGCUCAAGGUCUCAGAGUAAGCAUCACACAGUGAAUAAAGAGGAGAUUGUCUGUAUCGACCUGGUCCAAGAUGACACAGAUGGCAGUCCAGAGCCAGACAAACAUACUGCUGUCGAUGCCAAAUGCAAAGAGCCAGCUAAGCCAGUCGGCAGUGGGACAGGGAUGGGGAAUGAGAGUGGCAGUAAUUCUGAGGAGAAAGAGCCAGAGCUCAUGCAGAUUUUGCGCUCCGGCCAGCCUGCCGUAUCCUGGCCAACUGAUUCAGAGCGGCGGGCAGAGGUAUGCAGUCCGCUUCGGCCACAGAAACAGUCUGACUCUCCUGUGCAGAGCCAGAGUGAGGAAAGCUCCUCUGAGCAUAGCCCACUACCUGACAUGUUGGAAGAGCAGACACUGCGCUGUGCCAGAACCUCCGGUGAAAGGGCUCGAGCUGAUGGUGGUGAUUUCAAGGUUGAUCGGCACCACGCUAAUCGACAAUAUGUGGACCUGGGCAAGGAUGUACCAGAAGAUGCAGAGUCCCAUGAGGAUGAUGAGGAAGGACAUGGCUUGUCUAAAAGCAAGAAAUCCAGCUUGGCCAAGAGAAUAGCCAACUCCUCAGGCUAUGUUGGAGACCGCUUCAAGUGCGUCACCACUGAGCUGUAUGCAGACUCCAGUAAACUAAGCCGGGAACAGCGAGCUUUGCAGAUGGAAGGAAUAUCACAAGAGGACAGUAAUUUAAGUCAACCAGCUGCGUUUUGGGAGCGUGCGAUGAUGCGUUUCUCGGAGCUGGAGCUGAAGGAAAAGGAGGGGUGUGUGUCGUCUACAGUACCCGGACUGGGGAGAGAGCAGGAGAGAGAGAGGGAGCUGGCAGAGAGCCAGUGCGGAGCGGGAGACUGGGAACGAAGCCAGCCAAGCUCUAGGCCCUCCGCAGCCCUUUCGGCCCUCUCCGAUCACACCGAGCAGCACAACGGUGCGACGCCAACGUGUGCAAACAACAGAGUUCCCGUGCUCCAGCGGUGCGGCCCACCAGCCGAUGUCCCACAGUCCCGCCGUGCAGAGGAGAAGAGAGCGAGGGACGUGAAAGGAGAGGAGGAGGGGUCUGUUGGCACGGCGACGGCCAGAAAACGUGCAUUUGGUUUGGAACCGAGCCAAGGCCACCCUGAUUGCCUGCACACCGCAGAAGAGAGAGAUGGAGAGAGACGGACGAGAGGAGAGGACGAUAAUGGCAUCGCGGCGAAGAGAGCGAGACUGAUUUCAGACGUGUGGCCGCAGCCCUCCGAGCAGGAGGUGAAGAAUCUGAAGGUGUGUAUCGAGUUGACGGGUCUUCGGCUCAGUAAGCCCCACCACCUCCAUAAUCUCCAGGAACUGUGGGACAGACAGGGACAGCUCAACCAUGACCGGCCGCAAUUCGGAGCUCCCAACAUGGGUUUGUCUCCCACAUCCAAAGCCUCUCUUCCACAACUCCAAACCGCCAGGAGGGAAAAGCUUGACCCUUGUCCCUCAGAGGUCCCGAGAGUCGCCCACGGUGUCCCCGCUGUGGAUCGAAAGGUCAAAGCGAAUGGAUUUGAAGAGAAGGGGGUGAAGAGGAAAGCAGAAGUGGAGAAAGGCUGGACUAAGGACCAGCUGGAAUACGCAGAGUCCAAUACAGUUCCGGUGCUCUCUGACGGCUUCUGUGCCGAUACCAUACGGAAGUUUUCCUCCUCAAUUCCAUCUCACCUCUCGGAAAAACGGCAGCGAUUAAAGGAGCACCGCAAGUCACUGGGAUCCUCCUUGACCUCUACGGACCCUGAAGGCACCUUCCCAUCUCGUAUGCGCUGGCACAGCGACCCUGAAAAACCAAAGGGCAAGCGGCAGUGCAAGACCAAGCACCUCGGCCAACAGGAGCGGAGGAUGCUGUCGCAGUCGACCAAUGAGGAGUGUCCUGAACUCAGCCCCGCCCACCAACACAAGGUGGUGAAACGUUCCUCCCAGAAGCAGCCAGCGGCGACUCUUUCUGAUUACGAGAUUUCUCCGGUCAAACCCCGUCCCCCUUCCCCUGCCUACCAACCCGCGGCACCCCCGACCCCCCCAAGCGCUGUUCCGGACGUACCCGUACCUCUGGUCGCCCCCGCACCUCCAGUGUCAGCGGAGCUGCCAGUCAGCAGGCCCAUGCCGCCCGAAGCGCGCCGACUCAUCGUCAACAAGAACGCAGGCGAGACUCUACUGCAGCGAGCUGCGCGGCUGGGAUAUGAGGAGGUGGUUUUGUACUGUCUGGAGAAUAAAGUGUGUGACGUGAAUCAUCGGGAUAAUGCGGGUUACUGCGCGCUCCACGAGGCCUGUUCCCGCGGCUGGCUCUCCAUCGUACAGCACUUACUGGAGCACGGGGCCGACAUCAACUGCAGUGCACAGGACGGCACCAGGUAAGCACACAUGCAUUCAUGAUAUCACCUAAAUAGAAAA